GUAAAACAGGAUUGGGAAAGCCUUUCAUAUCAGGUGACUUUACACAUACUGAAUUGUGUGUUUUCGACUCACCUCCUAAGAUGAUUGAAUUUGUUAUAAAACGUUGAAAGAAACGAGAGAAUUUGUCUGUGAUCUGGUUUCGGAGUGUGAAAUAUAUAUAUUGGAUCAGUAUAGGGCUAAAUUCGGGUGUUUUAUUAAAGUGUGUCUUAAAAGCUGCUUGUAUAUAUUGAUGAUAUUGAUACUGAAACUUUGUAUGAAACGGAGAUUUUAGGUAACGUAAAAAGUUAAUGGUAAUAGAAGACGCUAGAAAAUGGCGAAGAAUUGUUUUGUGAGAAGUGUUAAAUACACUCUCUACUUCUUUAAUGUUUUCUUCUUCAUAUUGGGAGUAGCCUCGAUUGCUGUGGGUAUCUAUGUCUUAAUUGACCAGUCUCGUUUGUCCACUAUGACCAAGUUGGAUAGUACUAGUGAUGCUACUAACCCGGGCCUAUUGAUCAAUGGUAGUAUCAUAUUUAUCGCAACAGGUGCCCUGCUUGUUAUCUUGUCGUUCAUUGGUUGUUGUGGAAUUAUGAAGGAAAUGAAAUGUGUGCUGGCAAUGUAUGUCAGUCUGAUUGGUAUCAUCCUGUUGUUACAAUUAACAGGAUUUAUUCUCGUACUUGUUCUCCGACAACAGAUAAACGAAUCAUUUGAAGCGACUUUAUAUCAACAGCUGAAUAGCCGAUAUGAUAAUUACUAUAAUUCAAGCGACAAGUUUACUAUAGCUUAUGAUUAUGCCAUGGUUUAUUUUGAAUGUUGUGGAAUCAGGAACUAUACAGAAUUUAAAGAUGGGAACAAGGUCUCUAAAUGGACACAUUUUAACUCUCAGUUAGUUCCAGCUCAGUGUUGUAAGAUGGAUAGAGAAAUGUAUUUUACCGAAAAUUUACCCAAAUUAAAACUUACGUCUUGUCCAACGACUCUUAGAGAGAGUAAUAUUAACAAGUCCUGUUAUAACGAUAUUGAGGCCUGGGUAAUCGAGCGUGUAAAAAUGCUGCUUAUUGUAGCUGGUAUAAUCGUGUGUAUCCAGUUUGUUGGUUUGAUUAUUACGUGUUGUUUUAUAAGAUCUAUCAAAGAACCAAACGAACAGCUGAUCAGCAACAAGAGUUUUGAUGAAAGAACAGAUUUUGAUCACCGCAAAGGCUUCGAUCAUCGAAAGGGUGCCAAUAAUCGCAAAGGCUUCAAAAAUCGACAGAAUUUCGAUCAGAGAAGCGACUUUGAUAAUCGUAAACCGUUUAGUCAGCCCCAGCUCUUUAAUGCAAGAACACCACAGACAUUUUAUACUGGAUCCAGCGGUUAAUCGAAAACCGUUUAAUCAGCCACCACCCGGCAAAACUCAGCAGAUUCCAGUACCCUACAGCUAGAUGUAGAGUAACGGAAUCUGCCGAGGUUUGCCGAGUGGCCAGCCACAACUCUUUAAUGCAUGAACGCCACAGACAUUUUAUGGACACAGAUCACCAAAUAUUCCUAACCCACGAAACAAGGGCCAAAGCUAUUUUUAGUCUUCCUCUCCCUUUUCCUUUUCCCCCCUUUUGCAUGGCGAUUUUUGUUGACUUUUUGGUGUAGAAUCGAAGAAAAGGGUUUGAAAAUACAUUUUCUGCCAGGUUUUGGUGAAUAUUCAUAAUUUUGAUGCGGAAGGAUACAAGAGUUGAGAGGUUGGUUAGGUUGAAAUGUAGGGCCUGAAAUUGUAUGUUUACUUGUCUCUACUUCCAGCUUGUGUAUCUCAAGUUUUUCAUGAAGAACCUCAUACGUGCUUUAGGGCAAGUGGUUGCCACAUGUUGCUCCAUCUGUUAGAGCCGGUCUAAGAUACGAGAAUUAACAUUGCAGUCAAUGGGGAAAUCUUUAGUGAUCUGUGGCCAUACUGGAUCAAGCGGUUAAUCAAAAUGACGUUCAACCGCCGGUACGAUGGCGCCUACACUUUCUACAGAGAUCAGCGAUCGGCUAACCUCAAUGGACUAUUUAGAUUACGUCUAUCUGUGAAGCCAUUUCAUCCCGUACUGAAACUUUCUAUGACUGUUUUUGGAUUACAUCCAUGUGUAAAGUCAAUUGAUUCUGUACUGUAACGUUGUGGGGCUGUUUUGGGGUUGUUUUUUUUUCAUUCUGAGCUAAUAACUUUGUUGGAAUAUUUUUUGGAUUUUAUCUAUCUGUGAAGCCAUUUCUUUCUGUGUUAUAACUUUGUGCGGGUGUUUUGGGAUUUGGUCUAUAUGUGAAGCCAUUUCCUUCUGUGCUAUAACUUUGUGGGGCUGUUUUUGGAUUUGGUCUAUAUGUGAAGCCAUUUCAUUCUGUGUUAUAACUUUGUGGGGCUUUUUUUUGGAUUUUAUCUAUAUGUGAAGCCAUUUCAUUCUGUGCUAUAAGUUCGUGGGAAUGUUUUGGUGCUGAGAUUCAUCGCGUAUAUAAUACUGUGUAUGUUUAUGUAAUAUUAUUUAUAAAAUAAUUUUAAUAUAAUGUUAUGACCCAUA